GGACAGACCGUCAGGAGCAGAAGAUAACCGAUAGAAGGAGCGACUCCGGCAGCCGACUGCAGCCGCACCGGGAGCCCGCGGGGGGACGUCAGAGUAACCGAAUCCUGUCGGAGUUGUCCGGAAAGAGGAAGCAUCAGACGAGACGUCCACCGGAGGGGAGAGCCAGUUCAGUGGCAUAUAUAUGUAUUAAUAUAUAUAUAUUUAUAUAUAAAUAUAACAUGUAUGCAUAAGGAAACACUCCGAGAAAAUAAACCCACGGAAGGGGGUGUUUUUUUUUUCUUUGCGGAGCGGCGACGGGGAGGAGAGGCGGAAGAAGAGAGCUUGGAGACAUCACAACGAGGGAGAAACCUGCGGGGGAAAAAAGAGGAAAAAAACAUGAUAAGUCAGUAUGUGUCCGUGGUGGAGGAAGGCUCGAGCCCGCAGAGACAAUUAUAUAAAUAAAUUGCUGCCGGGCAGGAGGGAGAGGUGGAAAGAAAGAGGGGUUUAAACACGGAGGGGGGCAGUUCAUCACAAAGAGUCACAGGGAGCAUUUUUGUGUGUGAAGAACAAAAAAUAUAUUUUAUUGAGGGGGGGUUGCUGUGCCGAAAAAAUAGCCAUUUUUUUCUGUGGUUUCCUCACAAGCUGUUAAAAAGCGACAAUUUUUUUAAAAGCAAGGAGGACACUCUGCAGGAGCACAAGAUAAGUAACAUGACUGAUCUAUAAAAUAAUUAGAUCAAUUUGUGCAAUAAACCAAAAAAGUGCAUGAAAACUGCACGAGAGCAGUGAUCUAGUGAGAGGUUUUUUUUAAACUCUAAUGUGCAAAUAUCAGUGCCUUUUGCAUGUUUAAAACAAUAACCCGGAAUGCAAAAGAAAAAUCCCGCAUUAAGAGUCCUCAAGUUUGAUUUUCAUCAAUAUUGCCACAUUUUGAAGCUUUAAAAACCACUAAACACAGGUGAGGAGCUCCUGUUGCAUGAGACAAGGGUUCCCGAAGUUUAAAAACUGUUUUUUUUUUUCGUGCCACCACAACAACAACUCUUCUCAGUGUCUUAGAGCUGAAAUCCAGGAUUUAUCAGGCGGACUGUGGACCGAGACAGAACCGUGUUCGGCUCGGCGGCGGACGGAUCUCCGGACGGGUUUUUGUGUCGCAGAGGCUGCUACAUGAGGCUGUCAGCGGGGCUCUUUUCACCGACUCCACCUUCCCACCUCCUCCUGUUCAAAUCUGCGAAGAAGAAACGAAAUCUCCGACAGGGGUGGUGGAGGAAGAGGAGGAGGGGGGGACUCCGCAAAGAGAGAGAGGUGCAAAAAAAAAAACACCGACGGGGAGCCGAAGAGUUGUAACGCCGCCGUCCUCUCCCCUACCGUCCCCCCGAGCGGUGGGGGAACGAGCAGAAACGCUUCCUGAACUGGAGUAGUAGGAGGCGGAAAUAAAAGGAAAUACGGCAUUUUUUUACGUUUUUUUUUUUCUUCAUUAUUUGUCAAAAAAAUAUGGCCGAUAAUGUCCUGGAGUCCGGCCCGCCUUCAGCCAAGAGGCCCAAGCUGUCCUCUCCUGCUCUCUCAUUGUCUGCCAGUGAUGGAAAUGAUUUUGGUUCACUCUUUGACCUGGAGCACGACCUCCCGGAUGAGCUCAUUAGUUCUUCGGACCAUGGGCUGACCAAUGGAGGGGAUGCCAGCCAGUUCCACACUAGUCUUGGAGGGCUCGGAGGUGGGAUUGGUGCAAGCGGCCAGYAUGCAGCUGCAAAACACAAGCAGCUGUCCGAGCUCUUGCGUGCUGGAGCYCCGGCACACCCGGGGGCCCCUACGUCCAACAGCGCACCAUCUGGGACUUCCAUGGGACUGAUGAGUGGCAUUAGUGCACCUCAAGGCAUGCAUCCUCAGGGCCAGCAGCAGCAGCCUGGAUUAAUGCCUCAAGCUGGAAUGAUUGGAAGCGGGACGGCGCUCAGUCGGACAGCGGCCAUGAUGAGUGCUCAGAAAGGCCCUCCUGGACAGCAGCAGCAGCAAGGGCUGAUGGGGGCGCAGGUUAUGAAUGGCUCCCCUAGAAUGGGCUACUCUGGAAAUGCUGGACUGGGAAACAGUAGCAAUAUUUUGGCAGAGACCUUAAAGCAACAACAGCAGGGRGGUCAACCUAUGGGAGCCGGGGGACAAGUGGGGAUGAGACCACAGCACCCUGGCGYGCUAAACCAGAUGAUGAUGGCCAAUACAGGCCCCUAUGGUGGUCUGUACAGCCAAUCUGCUGGCCAGGGAGUGCCUGGAGAAGGGCUGGGCCCUCAGCUCCAGAAUAAGCCAGGCCCAAAUGUGCCCACCCAGUUCAGCAUGGACAAGAAGGGACCUCCAGCUCAAAGCAUGCCGGUGAUGCAGCAGCAGCGGCAGUCGGGUGCAGUUAGCAGCGUGUCUGUCGGUGGCGGCGCAGCAGCCGUGGGUGGCCCUCAGGUUGGACUGAGCGCCAUGGGGGCAGGACCCGGCUCGACGCCCCCCACUGCCGACCCCGAGAAGCGGAAGCUGAUUCAACAGCAGCUCGUCCUGUUGCUUCACGCGCACAAGUGCCAGAGGAGGGAGCAGGCUAACGGGGAGGUGCGGCAGUGCAACCUGCCUCACUGCCGCACCAUGAAGAACGUGCUCAACCACAUGACUCACUGUCAGGCUGGCAAGUCCUGCCAGGUGGCACACUGUGCCUCAUCCCGACAGAUCAUCUCUCAUUGGAAGAAUUGCACUCGUCACGAUUGUCCUGUAUGCCUGCCUCUAAAAAACGCUGGAGACAAGAGGAACCAGCAGACUCUUGUCAACAGUGCAGCUGUGAGUUUAGUGAACUCUUUAGGUGGAGGGGGGCCUGGUGCGCAGUCGAGCACUCCAAACCUGAACCCUCCCAGCCAGAUUGACCCCAGCUCCAUAGAGAGGGCCUAUGCUGCAUUAGGCCUCACCUACCAAGGCAACCAGGUGACGCCGCAGCAGCAGCAGCAGCAACAACAACAACAACAACAACAACCGCAGCAGCAGCAGGCGCCUCAGACCAACAUGCCAAACCAGGGCCUGCAGGGCCAGACUGGAAUGAGGACUUUAAAUCCAAUGGGUGGAAACUCAAUGGGAGUGAAUGGAGCAGUUGGGGUUCAGCACCCCAACCAACAGUCCACUUUACUGCCGGACGCCAUGUUGCACAACAGCAUGAAUGCACAGAGCUUGAUGAAUGACGUGGGGAACCUGGGCUCCAUGCCUGCAGCUACGCCUCCUUCUGCUGCAGAAAUGAGAAAGCCUUGGCACAAAGACAUCACACAAGACCUCCGUAACCACCUCGUCCACAAGCUUGUGCAGGCCAUUUUUCCUACACCUGACCCAGCUGCGCUGAAGGACAGGCGGAUGGAGAAUCUGGUGGCCUACGCUCGAAAAGUAGAAGGAGACAUGUACGAAUCGGCCAGCAGCAGGGCGGAGUACUACCACCUCCUGGCAGAAAAGAUCUACAAAAUCCAGAAGGAGCUGGAAGAGAAAAGGAGGAAACGGCUCCAGAAUCAGGACAUGAUGCCRGGCAAACCUGGUAUUCCUCCGUCCGGCCUCCCACAGGGCCCGCCUUGCAUGGGACAGCCACCCAUGCCCCCUGGGCAGUCCCUCAAUGGUCCUCAUGCAGAUCUGUCCAUGAUCAGACCUGCAGGUCCAACUCAGAUGGUCAAAAGGARGCCGAACCCUACAGGCAUGAACCAGUUUAAUCAGAUGGGGCUCCAGUUGAUGGGUCAGAGGUCAACUCCUCCUCUUCCUCCUAAUCCUCAAAUGAACCAGAUAUGUAUGGGAGGUCCCAGGAUGGGUCAGCCCAAUGCCACACAGCUGCAGAACCAGUACCACCCUCCUGGCCAGUUUCCUGUCUCCUGUUCUGCACUUGGUUCUGGACCUGUUAGCGUAAAUCAGCUGGACUCACAACCUGCUGUUCCUUCUCAGAACCAGAUGUCUACACCCUCCUCCCUCCCCGCCAGCAGCCCAGCAGCACAGUCCACCUCCUCUGUCCCAGGCCCCGGAGCCCCAGGUGCUUCUGUGGGGCCCGCUAACGCUAACUGUGUCGGGCCUCUCCCGAACCUUCCUCCGUCCUCCACCCAGCCCAACUCUUUCCCUCUCUGCCCGCCUGUCCGAACAAACUCCCCYUCACCGGCAUGCAGCUCGACGCCUCAGCCCCAUCAGACGCCGCCCACGGGGACCCGCUCUCAGACCCCACAGCCUCAGACCCCCACCACACCUCUGAUGCCUCCUCCGCAGCACCCCCARCAGCAGCAGCAGCAGCAACAAGCUUCAGAGCAGCAGCCAUCAGGGCAAAUGGUGAAUUCUGACAAAACCAAUCAGCCUCCUCAACAAACACUUGGGGGCGGGGCUUCUCCAGGCCCGCAGGUAGGGCAGAGUUCUUCGAUCCCAGCCCGCAACGUUCACGCACCGUUACAGCUGCCGCAGACUCCACACUCUCCGAAGCCUUCACUGACAGCUGAUGGUCAGGUUUCUUCUCCGCCCUCGAUCCCGGGCAGCACUGAUCCCGGCUCGCAGCUCACCCCUGCAGACGGCCCUGCUCCCAGCCAGGAAGAUGUCAAGAUGGAAACCGAGAAGGAGGAAGAGGAGGACACCGAAGGAGCUGACGCCCAAGGAGAUGGCAAGGGAAAGCUGGGGAAGGGUCAGCCUGAGGUGAAGACUGAAGAGAAACCUGAGGUGAAGAAAGAGAAGUCUUCAGGAGACGGGUGUAAAAGUGAGCCCAUGGAUACAUCCUCCUCCUCCGAGUCGGUGUCAGAAUCAUCAGGUGAAGACAAGAAGCCAGAAGUGAAGAAGGAGCCCAAGGAGGAAGAGGAGGGAUCAGGGUCAUCAGUAACCAACAGCUCCUCAGUCAGCACUCAGAGCAAAAAGAAAAUCUUUAAGCCCGAGGAGCUGCGUCAGGCUCUCAUGCCCACCUUGGAGUCUUUGUAUCGCCAGGACCCUGAGUCCCUUCCUUUCCGUCAGCCGGUGGACCCCCAGUUACUGGGAAUACCCGACUACUUUGACAUUGUGAAGAACCCCAUGGACCUGUCCACCAUCAAGCGGAAGUUGGACACGGGUCAGUACGAAGAGCCGUGGCAGUACAUCGAGGACAUCUGGCUCAUGUUCAACAACGCCUGGUUGUACAACCGCAAGACCUCCAGAGUCUACAAGUACUGCUCCAAGCUGGCCGAGGUGUUUGAGGCAGAGAUCGACCCCGUCAUGCAGGGCCUGGGCUACUGCUGUGGGAGGAAGUUUGAGUUUUCCCCCCAAACUCUUUGCUGCUACGGGAAACAGCUGUGCACCAUCCAGCGUGAUGCCGCUUAUUUCAGCUACCAGAACAGGUACCACUUCUGUGAGAAGUGUUUCAACGAAAUCCAAGGCGAGAACGUCUCCCUGGGGGACGACCCCUCCCAGCCUCAGGCGUCCAUCAACAAAGAUCAGUUCCAGAAAAAGAAGAACGACACACUCGACCCUGAGCUACUUGUGGAAUGUAUCGACUGUGGUCGUAAAAUGCAUCAGAUCUGCGUCCUGCAUCAUGAAACCAUAUGGCCGUCAGGCUUCGUUUGUGACAACUGUCUGAAAACAGCCAAUAAGAUGCGGAAAGAGAACAAAUACGCUGCUAAAAGGCUUCCUCAGACAAAGUUGGGCAACUUUUUGGAGACACGAGUGAACGACUACCUCAAGCGUCAGAGCCAUCCCGAGUCCGGAGAGGUCACCAUUCGAGUGGUUCACGUCUCCGACAAAGUGGUUGAGGUCAAACCAGGCAUGAAGUCCAGGUUUGUGGACAGCGGCGAGAUGGCUGAGUCUUUCCCCUACAAGAUGAAAGCCUUAUUUGCGUUUGAGGACAUUGACGGAGCAGACGUGUGUUUCUUCGGGAUGCACGUUCAAGAGUACGGCUCUGACUGCCCGCCGCCRAAUCAGAGGCGAGUGUACAUUUCCUACCUGGACAGCGUUCACUUCUUCAAACCUCGACACCUGAGGACCGCCGUCUAUCAUGAGAUCCUCUUGGGCUACCUGGAGUACGUCAGACGAAUAGGAUUUACUACGGGUCAUAUCUGGGCGUGUCCUCCCAGCGAAGGGGACGAUUACAUCUUCCACUGUCACCCUCUGGACCAGAAGAUUCCCAAACCCAAACGCCUGCAGGAGUGGUACAAAAAGAUGUUGGACAAGGCUGUUGCUGAGCGAAUUGUCCAUGAUUACAAGGACAUCUUCAAACAGGCAACAGAAGACCGGCUGACGAGUGCCAAGGAGCUGCCAUACUUCGAGGGRGACUUCUGGCCCAACGUGCUUGAGGAGAGCAUCAAGGAGCUGGAGCAGGAGGAAGAGGAGAGGAAGAGGGAGGAGAACAGCACGUCCAACGAGAGCACAGACGCUGCAAAAGGAGACAGCAAGAACGCCAAGAAGAAGAACAAUAAAAAGACGAGCAAGAACAAGAGCAGCCUGAGCCGAGCCAAUAAGAAGAAACCGGGGAUGCCCAGUGUUUCCAAUGACCUGUCACAGAAACUCUACGCCACCAUGGAGAAACAUAAAGAGGUUUUCUUCGUGAUCCGCCUCAUCGCGGGCCCCACCGCCAACUCGUUGCCCCCCAUCACCGACUCAGACCCGCUGAUGGCCUGCGACCUGAUGGACGGCCGCGACGCCUUCCUGACCCUGGCCAGAGACAAGCACCUGGAGUUCAGCUCUCUCAGGAGGUCGAAGUGGAGCUCCAUGUGUAUGCUGGUGGAGCUCCACAACCAGAGCCAGGACCGUUUCGUCUACACCUGCAACGAGUGUAAACACCACGUGGAGACGCGUUUCCACUGCACCGUCUGUGAGGAUUAUGAUUUAUGCAUCACCUGCUACAACACUAAAGGCCACGAGCACAAGAUGGACAAACUGGGACUGGGGCUGGACGAUGACAGCAACAACCAGGCUGCAGCAGCAACUCAGAGUCCCGGUGACUCUCGCCGUCUCAGCAUCCAGCGCUGCAUCCAGUCUCUGGUCCACGCGUGCCAGUGCCGCAACGCCAACUGCUCCCUGCCGUCCUGCCAGAAGAUGAAGCGGGUGGUGCAGCACACGAAGGGCUGCAAGCGCAAGACGAACGGUGGCUGCCCCAUCUGCAAGCAGCUCAUCGCUCUGUGCUGCUACCACGCCAAACACUGCCAGGAGAACAAAUGUCCCGUCCCGUUCUGUUUGAACAUCAAGCAGAAGCUCCGCCAACAGCAGCUGCAGCACAGGCUCCAGCAGGCCCAGAUGUUGAGGAGGAGGAUGGCCACCAUGCAGAGAGGAGGGCAGCCGGCUGGAGGGCCGACGAUGGGACUUCCUUCACCUGGGUCAAAUGGGACCACCGCUCCCAAUACCCCAACGUCAGGUGGCACCCAAGCCCCGAUGCCUCAGACCCCGACUCAGACCAUGGCUCCUGUCACCCCGCAGGGGAUGGGUCCUGGAAAUGGAGUCCAGCAGCAACAGCAGCCUGGAGGGAUGCCCCCUCAACACCCCCUUCAUCAGUUCCAGCAGAUGGGUGGGGCUGGUGGUGGAGGAGGGAUGAUGAACUCUCCCCAACACCAGCAGCAGAUGCUUGCUCAGGUCCAGCAGCAGCAGCAGGGUGGACCAGGAACCAACCCUCAACAGCUUCAGCAGCACCCCAACAGUUUGCCACCUUAUGCUAGCAGACCCCCAGGCUCCUCCCCAAUCCACCAGUCCCAGGGUAAACCAGUUCUCYGCCCUGCGACACCUGCGCAGCAUCCCGGUGGUGCCGUCAUGGCGGGAGGCGUGGCAGGCCAACAAGCUCCCGGUCAGCCGCCGGGCCAGCCUUCCAUUCCACAGCAGCCCCCCUCAGGCCCCCCACCUGCAGCUGUAGAGAUCGCCCUAAAGAUUCAGCAGGUGGCUGACGCUCAGAGGAAGCACGCUCUGCAGGGACCAGCACCCACUGCAGGCUUGAUGCCAUCCCACCCCCACCAACAGUUGGGCCAGGGGCAGCAGGUGACUAUGGGACAUCCAGGACCUGUAGGGAUGGUCGGACCCCAGGGCAUCCCACCUCAGAGCCAAGCAGCCGCUCGAGCCCACAUGGAGCAACAGCAAGGUGCUCUGUCAGGGAUGAUGGUCAGUGGUGGUCACAUGCAGCAUCCCCCUCAGCAAGGUAACCUGCCUCGAGGCCAUCUCCGCCCCCAGGUGCAGCUUCAGCAGCAGAGGAUGAUGUCUCCUCUUCAGAACCCCCAGCAGCAGCAGCAGCAGUGGGCAGGCCAGGGCGUGCCCCCCCAACAGAGGCAAGCUGUCAUGAACCAAAUGGGUCAUCCAGCCCAGCAGCAGCAACCAGCUCAGGGUCACGCUGCUCUGAUGAAUAUGGUGCAGCAGCAGCAUCAAGGUGGUGCUGCAGGGGUCUCAGGGGGACCUGUCCCUGGUGCUCCAAGUGUCCCCGGGGUUGUUGCUGCUGGUGGGAACAUCCCUCAGUCAGCUCUUCAGGAGCUUUUACGGACUCUCCGUUCCCCCAGUUCUCCACAUCAGCAACAUCAGGUCCUGGCCAUCUUAAGAUCCAGCCCCCAGCUCAUGGCUGCCUUUAUCAAACAGAGGGCCUCAAAAUAUAAGGCAGGCCAAGGGGGUCCCACUGGGCCGGAGGGCGUUACAGGAGGAGGAACUGGUCCCACAGGAGGUCCUGUUGGAAAUGUCAUUGCAGGAGGGACCCCACAGGUGAAUAUGAACGCUGCCAGCUUGGGCCAGCCAGGGAUCCAUGUGGGAGCUCAGGGGGGAGUCAACAUGGCCUCUAUGUCUCAGCUGCAGCAGCAGCAACUACAACAACAACAACAGCAGCAACUACAACAACAACAACAGCAGCAGCAACUACAACGCCAGGGGCCACAGAUGGGAAACCUCAACAGCCCCCAGUUCAGAGAGUUGCUCAUGAGGCGACAGCUGCAGCAGCCGCAGCAAAUGGGAGCAAAUCACAGUCAGUUUCAGCAGCCGCAGCCCCCACAGGGGCAGGGAUUCAUGAGCCAGUCUCCUGCUAUGGGACAGGGUCCCCCUGGAGGUCCACCCCAUGGCUCGCAGCCGCCUGGGGGCCCCCCGGGUCAGCAGGGGCCAGGUUUCGCAGGGUCAGUUGCCCACCAGCAGGCCACAGCUGCACUCCAGCAGAGGCUGCAGAUGCAGCAGAGCACCAUGGCUGCCCAUCCAGGCGGGGAUGCAGGACCAGGAGGAGGGAGUGCAGGUGGUCCUCAACAACCACCUCAGGGCCCCCAGCCCACCCAGAGUGGACCCACACCUCCAUCCAGUCAGGCCAUUUUCCAACAAACUCUGCCACAAAGGUUGCUCCAGCAGCAGCACAUGGGUCCGGGUGGGUCCCCGGCCCAACACAGCAAUCCCAUGAGCCCCCAGCAGCCGCAGCAGGUGGCGCAGUCCCCCCACCCACACCUGCAGGGGCAGGUGCUCUCCACAUCCCUCGUGCGCUCCCCCCAGCCAUCACCUCGACCUCAGUCCCAGCCGCCACACUCCAGCCCGUCGCCGCGCAUGCAGCCUCAGCCCUCGCCGCAUCACAUUUCACCGCAGAUGCAGACGGGCUCGCCACAUCCCGCCCACCUGAACCAGCACCACCCAGGCAUGAUCYUCCCCCCUCAGCAGCAGCAGGCAGCGAGCCAGCAGCAGAACACCAUGGAGCCGUUUGGGUCGGAUCAGAACGCCAUGCUGUCUCAGCUGAGUGGCAUGGCCGGACUCCAUGGGCCGGGGGGCAACAGUCAGGACCCCCUGGGCCAGAACAUCAACCACAACUCUUUAGACCACAUGUAG